AUGCCUACGAAAGAUUUAAAGUCACAGCAAGAAAAACUUGUCAGUUGGCUAGAAGAACAGAUCUUUGCCCCCAGCUCAAGUCUUCCGAUCAUGGGGAGAAUCAACGUUCCAGGUGAUUUCCGUUGGGAAGACCAUACAUUAGGUGCUAUUCAAGCAGAAUUGAUAAAGUAUUUCAGCCAAGAAUCAGACAACAAUCUGCUCGCGCGUCCGACUUCCUUGUCCUUGGUCGAAAAGUUCUAUGCUCAGCAUCAGGCCUCAAAUUACCCUUCGGAAAUUUCAAUCCAUCGAAUAUCCGAAGGCCCAGAGUUUCAAAUACUGAGAUCAUUUCUAGUAGACUCAAUUCACCAGCAAAGAUUCGCACUAGCUGAACAACUUAGGACCAACACCAAUGACCCUUUCUUAUUGUCGACCUUCAAAUUCGUCAAGGUUCACCUUGAAGAAAAUUCCAUAUCAUUUUUUCAACUCAAGAGCCUUCAUCCGAAAUUGCCGACGGCAAUGUAUUUCGCUGAUAUCAACUCCAACCGUCAACUUUUCCGAGUGUUGUACCGCGAAGAUAGAGCGGUGGUGAGAAGCGAAGACUUGUUAUCCAUGUUUAGGAUGCUCAGCAAGGCGAUGGAUUUCUUUCAUCGCAAGGUGCUCGAGCUGUUGGAAACAAAUUUAUCCGAGUUCGAAACAAGAAAAGACGAUUUAUUUGAAUGGCUGGUUCAAAGUAUCAUCGAGCCAGUAGGCAGUCUUUGCGUCUUUGGUAAAGCCAAAAUCAACGGGAACCUUGCCCCUUGGGAGGACAUCAACAACGGGGCUCUUAAUUUAUAUGGAGAAGUUCAACUGGAAUUGAUCGAAUACUUUUCUGAUAAAUAUCCAAGUCCCAAUUUAGAAUAUUCGGCAACAGUUCUGAUCUUGUUAUGGUACAAAUACUAUCAUCCUGAUGACUUUGAAUACCUGACUCAUAUUGCAGAGAAUUCUGAUUGA